CCUCUUGCACAGUUAACGUUAACUAACUAAUUGCCGCGUUUCUAACAUCAACCUGUCAAACGUUUAACGCUUUCUUGCACGACUAACAUGUAUGGACAUGAUGCCAUUUAUAAUGCCAUGUGAUUAUGACAGUGCGUAGUUGUGAUCAUUAGUCACAGAGAAUACUGUCCAGCUUCAACAAAAUAUCACAGCUAGCAUUAAUACUGUAAACAAGGCGACGUUAGCCAUGGCUGCUACGUUGGUAGCAUUACUCUUAAAGAGUGUUACUAUAACACUAAAUGUUGCCGGUGGGGAUUUACAAUCAAUUGAAAAUCAGAGAGAGGCAAAAAUGUUGUUUUCGGGUGGCGUCUGAAUCCUCAGCUGCCUGAUGCCCCUUGCUCUGCUUAUUUUCUUAUGCGCAGUUGUUAGCAAACGAGGUAUAUGGGCACUUUUUUUUAUUAUUUUGUUUAACUUCCUGAGGUGAAUAUUACAAAAUAGUUCCAGCAAAGCUUCUGAAUCCCAAGUUGCAUAACAGCCGAGUGUGUUCCAAUAACGAUGCCAGAGGGACCGGAGCUGCACCUGGCCGGCCUUUUUGUCAACAAAAUGUGCGAGGGGGUUCUGUUUGCUGGGCCAGUGAGAAAGUCAGAGGUCAGCAAAAGUCCAGACGUGGCCUUCGCCUGCGAGGCGUACCGCAUCAGCGCCGCUUCCAGAGGGAAGGAAGUGAAGCUCAUGCUGACGCCAAUUAAGUGUGAUGACACAAAGGCCAAAAAGACACAGCAGCCCAUGGAUAUUGUCUUUCGCUUUGGCAUGUCGGGCUUUUUCCGCUUCACCGCGGAGGAUGAGCUCCCCAAGCAUGCCCAUCUGUGCUUUUAUACCAAAGACAAGCCUUGCAGAGUGCUCAGCUAUGUGGACGCACGCAGGUUUGGCAGCUGGCAGCCACACGGGACCUGGCAGUCUGACAGAGGACCCUGCAUCAUGUUUGAGUAUAAAAGCUUCAGGGAGAAUGUGGUGUCUAACCUGUCUGACCGCGCCUUCGACAGGCCCAUCUGUGAAGUCCUGCUCAACCAAAAGUACUUCAAUGGCAUCGGCAACUAUCUCAGGGCUGAAAUCCUUUACAGGUUAAACAUCCCACCCUUCGUGCCUGCCCGUGCUGUGCUUGAAAGCCUUGAGUCAGAGGAUGCUUGUGAAGACGAGAAGCCUGUGAUGAUUGAGACCUUGAACAAAAAGACUGUGAAGAGAGCUGAAAAGAUCACUGUGAAAGAUGAGAGUGCUGACCUGCUCAGGAUGUGUCACACAGUUCCACUGGAGGUGGUCCAUUUAGGUGGCAAAGGCUAUGAUCCGGAGAAGGCGGACUACUCUGACUUUGAGGCCUGGCUGCAGUGUUACUAUGUGGACGGAAUGACGUCGAUACGAGACCACAAUGGCAGGACUAUGUGGUUCAAAGGCGAUCCAGGCCCCAUGGCCCCUAAAGAUUUUAAAUCACCAAAGACGAAAAAGAGAACAAAAAAAGAUGACCAUGAUUACAACGACAAGAAAAAGGGGGCUAGGACACAAUCUGAAAGCACAGGGAAGAAAAAAACGGUCAAAAAGGAAAUCAAAGCGGCAAAGAUAGAAAAGGAUGUGCCUCAAAAAAAUGCCACACCCCGAAGAACUGUAAAACACGAAUCACCGGCACGGAGGAAAACGACAGACAAUAACAAGCCAGCAGAAGGUUCUCAGAGGCGUAGCGGUAGACUGGCAAGACAAAAUGUGCAGUAAAAACAAAAAGACAUCACUGUUUUGAAAUACUGCUUUUAUUCCUUUAUAUUUUAAUAAAACUAUUUUUAACAAUAGUUCAUUGGAAUAUUUUAAAUAAAGUACCACCAAAAAUUACACAAUUCA